UGGCUCCUGCAACUUCUUCUACUGCUCCCAUGAAACGCACCUUUGCCUCCAUGGCCAAGCGGGUGAUCAUACAGGAAAGGCUCAGGAAAGCCGAGGAAGAUGCCAAUGAUGAAGAGGAUGAUGAAGAACCAGAGGAAGAUUUGUCCAUGGAACAGAUGGAAGAGAAGGCCAAAGCUGGUGAUGCCAGAGCUCAGACCCGGCUGGGUCAGCACUACUUGAUUCUUGCUGAAGAGAAGGACGCAGAGCUAAAUAAUCGUCUUGCCGUUAAUUGGCUGAUUAAAGCAGCUAAACAAGGAAGAAAAGGUGCAGCAAGAGCACUGCAGCGCUGUUGGAUCCAGAAAAAAGGAAUCACUCCAGAGAAUGAGGCCGACAUGCGGAAGUUGUCAACAGAGAGUAAGUUUGAGCUGGCAGUACGUAAAGCAGCCAUGAUGAUGUACUGGAAACUCAACCCAGAGAGGAAGAAGAAGGUGGCUGUGGCUGAGAUGCUGGAAAAUGUCAGCCAGGUCCAUGCAGUGCAGGGUGGCACUGCAAGCAGGAUUCCUGGCCCAACGUCAGGCCAGACGCAGAAAGUACUGGAAAGCAUGGUCAGCAAUGAGUCCACACAGAUGGUGGACCUGGAUGACUUUGUUGAGAUGACUAAAAAGUAUGCGCAAGGCAUUGUCCCCUCUGCGUCCCAAAAUGACAGCCAGGUCGCAGCCAAGACCGAAAGCCCAACACCCCAUGGCAGUGGUGGGGAGGCUGAGCUAGUCCCAUCAGGACACAAGAAGGCCCACAGAAGUAGUUGGAGUUUUAGCCGAAGUGGGAUGAUGCUGGACUGUAAGCAGACUGGGGCCAUAAAAAAAGCCAUGGACAUGAAAACACGUUUAAUGACGCUGCAGUACCCACUGCAAGCCAUUGUGGAGAUGAAAGAACACCUGGUUGACUGGGCGUCGCGGGCCGGUGUCCAGUGGCUGAGCACAAUCAUCCCCACACAACACGUCAACGCACUUAUUUUCUUCUUUAUCGUCAGCAACCUGACAGUUGACUUGUUUGCUUUUGUCAUCCCUUUGCUUGUCUUCUACCUCUCCUUCAUCUCCAUGAUCAUCUGCACACUGCGUGUUUUCCAGAGCAGCAAGCUGGGUCAGCACUACUUGAUUCUUGCUGAAGAGAAGGACGCAGAGCUAAAUAAUCGUCUUGCCGUUAAUUGGCUGAUUAAAGCAGCUAAACAAGGAAGAAAAGGUGCAGCAAGAGCACUGCAGCGCUGUUGGAUCCAGAAAAAAGGAAUCACUCCAGAGAAUGAGGCCGACAUGCGGAAGUUGUCAACAGAGAGUAAGUUUGAGCUGGCAGUACGUAAAGCAGCCAUGAUGAUGUACUGGAAACUCAACCCAGAGAGGAAGAAGAAGGUGGCUGUGGCUGAGAUGCUGGAAAAUGUCAGCCAGGUCCAUGCAGUGCAGGGUGGCACUGCAAGCAGGAUUCCUGGCCCAACGUCAGGCCAGACGCAGAAAGUACUGGAAAGCAUGGUCAGCAAUGAGUCCACACAGAUGGUGGACCUGGAUGACUUUGUUGAGAUGACUAAAAAGUAUGCGCAAGGCAUUGUCCCCUCUGCGUCCCAAAAUGACAGCCAGGUCGCAGCCAAGACCGAAAGCCCAACACCCCAUGGCAGUGGUGGGGAGGCUGAGCUAGUCCCAUCAGGACACAAGAAGGCCCACAGAAGUAGUUGGAGUUUUAGCCGAAGUGGGAUGAUGCUGGACUGUAAGCAGACUGGGGCCAUAAAAAAAGCCAUGGACAUGAAAACACGUUUAAUGACGCUGCAGUACCCACUGCAAGCCAUUGUGGAGAUGAAAGAACACCUGGUUGACUGGGCGUCGCGGGCCGGUGUCCAGUGGCUGAGCACAAUCAUCCCCACACAACACGUCAACGCACUUAUUUUCUUCUUUAUCGUCAGCAACCUGACAGUUGACUUGUUUGCUUUUGUCAUCCCUUUGCUUGUCUUCUACCUCUCCUUCAUCUCCAUGAUCAUCUGCACACUGCGUGUUUUCCAGAGCAGCAAGACUUGGGAGAACUUCACAGCCCUGACACAUCUGCUGACACGUUUUGAACCUGGCCUGGAUGUGGAGCAGGCAGAGACCAACUUUGGCUGGAACAACCUAGAACCGUACCUCUAUUUUAUCCUAUCCGUUUUCUUUAUAAUUUUCUCCUUCCCUGUAGCUGACAAAGGUUGGAUCCCUUGUUCUGAGCUCUCCACUGUGGCCAUUUUCUUCACUGCUGUCAGCUACAAGAGCCUCAGCCCCACUGCUGCAGCGUAUGCACGCCGAGCAAUGGUCAUAGAGGUAGCAUCGUCUCUGUGUUGCCUGACCCAGUUCCUGCCAGAGAACAUGACAGCACUUCGUUUACUGGGACGCACCUUCGCCACACUGCCACUAGGGGAGUCAGUGGUGCUGAAGCUUAGUCUCCCCUGUCUGCUGUAUGUUUACCUGUUCUAUCUGUUCUUCAGCAUGGCCAGGAUGCGUGGUUUCAGGGGGACUUACUGCUUCCUUGUUCCAUACCUGGUGUGCUUCAUGUGGUGUGAGUUCUCGGUGGUGCUCCUCCAGAGUUCCUCUGUUGUGGGUCUAAUCCGGACCUUGGUGGCCUACUUUCUCUUCCUGUUUGCCCUGCCUAUUCUGGCUUUUGGCCUUGCCGCCAUGCUCCUCAUCCAGCUGUUCAAGUGGUUCCUCGAGCUGGAACUGACCAAGAUGAUUGUGACCCUGGUAGUUUGUGCGAUCCCUGUCACCCUUCGGCUGUGGACACGGUUCAGCAUGUCUAUUCUGGAUGUCUUUCGCUCAUUGACCCACCGUGGCCCGGUCAAGCUCAUCUUACUCUGUAUCUCCAUGGUGAUCCUGUUCUUCUCUAUCUACGUCUACCACGCAGAGGGACAGAAGAUGUACAAUUCCACCCUGACUUGGAGCCAGUACAGCCAGGCAUGUGGACCCCCUGCUUGGGAAACUAAAGGCAUGGCCCAGACACAGAUCUUCUGUAGCCACCUGCAAGGACACAGAGUCACCUGGGUUGGGCGUUUCAAGCAUGUCCGUGUGGCAGAGACAGAGAACGGGGCACAGUCGGUGAUCAACAUGUUGCCAGUGUUUAUGGGAGACUGGCUGCGCUGCCUGUAUGGAGAGACAUAUCCCAAAUGUGAGCCAAAGAAUGCUACAGUCGCAAACCUAACAGCUGCCAAUUUGGCAGCAGGUUCUGCACCGGCUACUGUUUCUCUGCCCAUACUGCUCCAAAUGCAAGAAGAGGAAGAGCUGUGUCAGAUCAAGGUUCUGGCUAAACACACCUGCCAUAUCAAGCGCUUUGACAGCCACCGCUUUGAGGUGACAGUAGGGAUGAUGCGGGAUCGAAGUCGGGAGGCAGAGGAUCCAGCCAUGGAUAUAAUCCUAAUUGCCAGCCAUGAGUUCAGACAAGUUCUGCUAAACCUAAAUCCUGGUGACAUGGUGGAGUUCAGCACCAAGCUGGAGGGCCGUCUAGGAGCUAGAGCGCCGGCAUUCGAGCUAAAGGCCAUCCACUGUCUGGACUGUGUUGCUUCACUGCUGACCGGAGGCAGGCAAGUGAAGAUAGAGAGAGACUGGAGACGCACCACAAUGAGAGCCCUGAAGUUUGCAUUUGACUUUUUCUUUUCUCCUUUCCUGUCAGCAAAAAUCUCUGCCUGAGAAAAAUGACAGCAAGACAGUGAAGCUGAAGUAAUAAUGACUCACUUGAAUCUCUUCUGGAAGCCAUGCUGUCUUUUUCUUGAUUUCUUCAUGUGAUCAUUUAGCUAAUGUAACUUAUAGUAUUGUUUACAAUUUGAUUCAAUGUGGAUCUACAGCUCAUGUUUAUGUAGUGAAGGUGAUAACCUCUAGGAAAUUAUUUUAUACUGUUAAUACUUCCUGUUAGUGCCUGAGUUUACAACAAUUUUGCUACUUCACUUCAUGUACCUCUAAAGCAGUUCACGAAUGGUCAGAUGCCUGUAUUGUUUUUAAGAACUGGACAAAAACCUGUAAUUUGAUUUGUCAGGUGCUGACCACUUAUGAAUGCCUGGAGAUACAGUACAUUUGAUAUAAUUAAAAGAGUGGAAUGUAUCUUUGAGAGCAAUGUUGUGAAGGAUGUUUUAUAUUAAGGAAUUUCUUACAUGUAUGGGGAAUAUGGUUGCAUGUAUAGUAUGUGUUGACCGUUGUGUAUGUAUACAUGUGUGCAUUUCUAAAUGUACAUUGUGUGGUUGAAAAUAGUAUAUUUCUGGUGUAGCCAAAUGUUUCUUGUUUUGUGGUUUUAAAACGUUCUGAUCUUAAUCAUAUGUGUAAUUAAUGAUCAUAUUUUCAGUGCAUUGAGCUUCAAAUACACACAUAAAAUGGUAUUUGAAAAGCCAACAUAAAAAAUGUUCUUAUGUUUGCAGGGAGGCUGUUUUGUUAAGCCCACACACUUGUUUACUCUUCGCAAAGUAGCUGAAGUCUCAGUUUCAUGGUUUAUAUUACCCACUCACACACCAAAAUGCUAAAGAUGUCAUGGUCUGUGAUGGAUCUUACUAUAUAUGGUUUUUGGCCAAACCAUGUAACAGCUGAAUUUAACUAACAGAGAUGGACGACUUCUGAAUGUGAUUUUUCACAGUCUACGUUGAGUGUUCCUCUGGGAAACAAAACUAAAUGAGUGUGUCAAUUCCUAGGGUUCAUUUUUAUCUCUCACUGUAGACAAACCAACAAAACAUUGAACUGUGUUCAUUCCAUAGACAUAGAAGUCAGUAGUGGGGAUUAUUUGUGGUGUU